GCCGUCGAUACUCCAAUGGAUCUUGAAGUAAACAAAUGUGUCCUCAUUUAACUGAAUAUACAUGAUCCUUCAUUAAGAACCCAGAAUCAGUGGUUUGAGAUUCAUUAGGCACUACCACGUGACGUAUCAUGAAGAUCAGUGGAUAAAUACCAAACAAUCAGUUUCUAACGAAGAGACCAUGGAAAAUAACGGCAAAUUUUGCGAUUAUUGCAAUAGACAGGGAAAUGUGAAGAUGGCAACUUCCUGGUGUCCAGAAUGCGACGAUCGAUUGUGUAAAAACUGUGUCAAGUUUCACCAAGUCAACAGACUUACUAUGGAACACAGUGUGUACAAUACUGCUGAGGAAAACCAGAUAAGCAGCGUCAAAAUUGACUUAUUUUGCAAGCAGCAUUCCAGCAAUAGACUAGAGGUUUAUUGUUUUGACCAUGAAGAACCAUGCUGUCUUAUGUGUGCAACAAUUAUUCAUAGAAACUGUGAAAAAGUAGGUACCUUAAAUGACUGCUCUCAAAAAUAUGCAAAAAAUAUCCCAAGUAUUUGUGCCGAAAUGGAGAAACUUCGAAAAGCAAGCGUUGCAGAGAUAGCCCGAGUAAGAUGCGACAUGGAAUGUUUCAAGAACGAAUCUAAAGAUGUAGAGCACAGAAUUAAAACUAUGACCGCAAAGACGAUCGUUGCUUUAAAGGAAAAAGAACGAGUACUUCUUGAAAACCUUGAAAAAACAAAAAUAAAACGGGAAUUUAUUUUGGUAAAAACCCUUGAUGAAUAUUUGGAUAUUAGAAAAACGGUAGAAGACAGUAUUCGGAUUUUGAAGAAAAAUGACCGACUGCCUAACAUUGCAUUCUUAUUGGAGUUAAUGCGAAUUGGCAAAACUGUUCCCGAGAUUCAUAUAUACAUCGAGGAACUACAAAAAAACUAUCAAACAUUUGUUGUAGAUGUGCAUUUUGAUGAUGCCUUUACAUCAGUGCACUUGUCUUCCAAUCCAUUUGGAGAAAUCAAAUUAAAGACUAAGCACAAAAUAGAUUAUCAGUCGGGGCAGCUUGAGUUGGAAAGGUCAGUGACUGUAGAAGGGAGUUCCUACCUUUCUGACGCCGAUGUUAUUGAUGGUCGCUAUAUCGUUACUACAUGUGAAGAAAGUAAGAUGUUAUAUAUUCUGGAUGUAAAUGGGAGACAGUUGUCGUCAUUAAAACUGCGUGGAUGUCCUUGGUCAAUUGCAGUUUUGCAAAAUCAAUGUUUCUGUGUAUCUCUGAGAGAUCCUGGCUGCAUAUGUAUAUUAGAAAUGCAAAAAAAUCUUUCCAUUACGACUCUCAAAGAGUUGAAAAUGCCUCAAAAUGUAUGGGGUAUUUGUGCUGUUGAAGACAAAAUUGUUGCUUCUAUCGAAACUCAAGGUCACGGUCAAGUGUUCAGAUUUUAUGACCACGAGGGUAAUUACUCUGAUGAACACGAAAUAACACAAGGGGAAUCCCAAUGCGGUACCUUGCAUGCUACGACAAGCAAGUGUAUAUUAUUUACUCAUCCAAGCGGAAAUUCUAUCUUUUCAGUUGACCCUGACAAUUCCGAAGGAGCUACCAAACUGUAUAGUGGAAAUAAUAUGAAAUAUCCAAUAGGCUUGACUUGCGAUCCAGAAGAAAAUAUCUAUGUCGCCUGUUUCGGUUCCAAUAAUAUUCUCCAGUUUAAUGGAAAUGGGAAAUAUCUCAGAGAGAUUCUUCACAAAGAUUUAUCACUUCAAAACCCAUAUGGAAUACGUGUUAAAGGAUUAGGUGACAAUAUAAAACUGAUUGUUACAACGAUGGACAAAUUGUUGAUUUAUCGAUUCAAGCAGUGACUGAAAAUCACGAAAGGUCUUAAAGGAAUUAAUAUGUUAGAUUAAUUUGAGUUUUAAAAUAUAUAGCCUUAUUAGACUAUAUGGUUUAUAGUUAAGAUUAUUUCCUAUUGAUGAAAAAAUUAUCUUCGGUUAGCUUCUAUGUUCCAAAUUUCUUUCAUAUAAUUAAAUCAUGUUUUAGUUUA